UCUAUCCCACAAUGCAAACAUUGCAACUGGAAGUCAACUAACGUCAAAAUUUAUGCUUGUUUAUUCGAUUCAAGUUUAUGAAGAUUAAUGGAGGAAGUGGUUGCUUAAUACACCAAUAACAUGUCAGAAUCGUCGGCUGUAGAAGAAACAGAUGAGGUGGAUGAAGUGGUGCCUCAGAGUUCAGGGAACAUGGGGGCAUCAUCAGCUGACCCUGAAUUGGGGGACUCUCAAGAAACAACCACCAGCUCAGUCCCAGUCUUGAAAGAGUUUGAACCUCUCAAUCACAUGUUGAAUAUGAUUCCCAGCAAAGCACAACGGGGUCUAAAGGUGUAUCCUAUUGAUUUAACAUGCCUAGAUGCUUCAAAGAGUUUCAUUGCUUUGGGAUCAAAUCUGGGAAUUCUGUUUCUUUAUAACAGAGAGAAACAGUCAUUACAAAGGCUAACAUGUGAUUCAAAAAGUGAAGUAAUGAGCUGUGUGAAGAUGCAGGAGGGCCUGGAGUUCCAGAUUGCCCUGGGAACCCACUCUGGAUUACUGUGUGUCUUCAUCUUGCCUUCCAUUCUACCUGGCAGAAACAAACAGCUAUUGAAAUUCACAAUACCUGGUUUGCACAAGAGUCGCGUGACUUGCCUUGAAUGGAGUACAAAUGGAAUGAAACUUUACAGUGGAGAUGAACAAGGAAACAUUGUUUGCACAAAAGUUGAUAUUGAAAAGGGACAGUGUGCAUCAGAUAUUAUUUUAAAAGAGAGCCACAAAAUUGUUCAGCUGGACUAUGCUCACAAAACCCUGUUGGUAUCAAGUAGAAUGAGAACAAUUUUAUGUCACACGGAAAACAACAAUUCUGUGUCUCAAGUUGGACAAAAGGACAGGAAAUGCCUUGGUAACUUUGGAGCCUGUUUUGUUGCUGGUCUUGGACAGAAGGACUCUUAUCUCUAUGCUGCUAGACCUGGACUGAGGCUGUGGAAAGCAGGUCUUGAUGGGGAGGUCAAAGCCACAUUUAUUCUGAAAGAUAUACUCAAUAAUUCUAGCUGUCCUUCCAUAGAAUUGUUAGACACCCUGUCUCCAAUCAAGACUGUUGUCAGUCCCUCAGACAGACAGUUUGGGCCUGUGGUUGUGUAUGACAAGAAGCACAUAAUGACUUGGAAUGAGAGCUCAAUGUAUGUCUUGGACCCUGAGGUGAACACAGUGGUUGCUGUCAGCAAUAGAGUGGGAGUCCUGAAAAGCAUUGUUACUUGUGAUGAUGAGAUUUUUGUGUUGCGUAUGGGCUCAGACAGAAAUGUGAUUAGAAUUGCUCAAAAACCUGAGGAAAUGAAUAUUCCCAAAGAGCACACAAGAUUAUCAGUCUUGGAUUUUUACAAAGAGGACACAAUGUUAUCACAAUUGGAAUUUACACCCCCACCAUCUCCAGUCUAUGGUGCUUCUCUAGCAGCAAAUGCUACAGAACGGAAGAAAAGUUCACCAUCUCCACUACAUAUGUUAUUUGGAAAGAUAAAACACAAGGAAGAAAAACCCACAACAGUGGAAGAUGUACGAUCUAAGAGAAAGUCCCCAUUUGGGUUCAAUAAAAGUGGAGCUGGCACUAUUCAGGUUACAGACAAUGCUGAUGUUAAAUUUAAACCUCUGACUCUGUCUGAUAAUUUGGGUGCUUCAGACUCUCUGAAAACUAACUUGAUGGCCCCCCAGGCUGUGAAACGCCCCAUUCCAGAAGUAGGUGUGGAUGUGAGGGAGAUUGUAUCCUCUACUUCAGAACUGCCACCUGUUGUCAAGCUGGACUCCUCUGAGGUACUGAAGAUUGAUUUGACUGCUGAGAUGGGCUCAGAUUUCAGCACCAUGAAAAGUGAAAGUCUUGGAUCUAAAAUGGGUACAGGUAACAGUGUGUUUAAAGCAACUAAGGAUAAAGCUCCAACACAACAGACACCAUUGGACAGGUACUCUAAAAUUGGAGGAGAGAAGUUUGAUGACAUAGUAUUCCAACCAAAGAUGAAAAAGAAACCAAAAAAGAAAACGCAGAAGGCCAGUAAAGAUAACCAGGAUUUGAACAGUUUAAGUGCUGAUUCUAGCAGUUCAGCUUCAGUUAGUAAGGACAAGGGAAGUCAACAAGCGCCACAAGUAGUGCAGGAUCAUCAACCACCUCCAGACCCAAAUUUGUUACAAGAUAUAAAGAACAUAGUCAGACCAGAGAUGAUGGCAAAGGCAGUGAAACCGGACAUUACUUCUGACUUGCAUGGCUCUAGAAGUGAAGCAGGUGGUAUUACAUCAAACACAGACAAAUUGUCUCCUGAAUUCAAACCAACCCUGAAGGGUGAGAAACAACCAGAGAAUCCACCAACAAAGCUCAAGGAUAAAGGGGAGGCAUCAGACAAUCAAGAUCACACAAACAAGGCUACAUUUACUUCAUCACUCAUUCCUGAUGUAGCUGUCAUGUCAGGUGGGGAGUUGGCCUGUCACAAGUUGAAUGAUUUAGUAUUGGAGAAACAAAAUUUACAAAGAUCAGACCAAAGUGCACCGAAAGAUGAGAAAAGAGAAACAAAACUGGAAGGUUCCAGUGCAUAUUCCAGUAAGACAACAGAAACUCUUGAAUUCAAUAGGGAGAUAAAGACUGAAUUUCAUAUCACACAGCCAAGCCAAAACAAAAGUGAAACCAGCACCAAAGGCAGCCUUGAGGAUACAAAUACACCAUUUAAACCCAAAGCUGCUCAAGUAACAUCUCCAGAGACGCCUUCUGAAGACAUAUACAGUAGUUUCCUUAUGGAAACUGAGGGAGGCAGAGGACCACCAAUAUAUAAAACUUCAGAUGCCUCCAUGGAUGACUUAUACAAGGGGUAUGCAGAAGAUUCCCCUGAAAAAGAAGCAAGUUGCCAAGCUAGUGGUCUUCAGGUCGGGGCCUCUGCAGCUGCAAAACCUCCAGAAUCAAGCCUGUCCAGCCAGGAAUCAUUUGAGGGACAGAUGUUAGACAUGGUCUGGUCAAAUGUCUCUGAGAGUUGGACAGAAUGCACGCUUCAGGGAAACCUCCAGGAUUUGACCGUUUCCUCCAAGCAUGUGUGGUAUGUGGACAGAAGUGAUCGCAUCUUUUGGGCUCCUAUCAAUGAGCAUGGCCUGCCAUGGAAGCAACUGGAUGUGAAGGCAAAUCAGCUGGCUGUGUCUCCCAAUGGUCUUAUAGUGUGGAGGCUGUUCAAUGGUGUUGUCUUUGCUGGAACUAAAAUAUCAACUAAAAACCCAGGUGGGCAGAAGUGGGUGGAGGCCCUCAGAGAUGUAACUCGCAUAUCAGUGGAUGAUACUUCAGCUUGGUAUAUAAAGAACAGUGGAGAUGUCAUGAUGCAGAAAAGUCUCACAAAAGACCGACCUUGUUUCAAGUCCUUUUCUGUAACACCAAAUAUGAAACUUAUUGAUAUUCAAUGCUACAAGGGAGUUGUCUGGGCUAUUGAUGAGAAUCACCAUCUGGUGGUCCGAACUGGUAUUAAACCUAAUGCCUCCACAGGGAGUGGAUGGAAGCUGGUAGAAAGUGCCUUGAGCUUAAGUGUGACCAGCAUUUCUCUGGCGGACCAGGAUAGAGGCUGGCUUAUGGAUACAAGUGGAAAAAUAUGGUUUUGUUCUGGAGUGUCUCCACAGAAGCCAGAAGGAGAAGGAACAUGGUGGCAGGUCAUGUUUAGUGAAUAUCUAGUCCAGGAUCCAACAGCCAUGGAUACAUUUAAAAACAUUGCGGAAGUUUUGGACCCCCAGAACCUGAGCAAGGUGACAAGUGCAAUCCUGGGCCACCAGGGAGGCUGUGUUGCAGCUGGAGAGAUGGGAUUGUUUGUUGGUCCGGAGAACAAGGCUGCGCUACAAGUGUGUCGAGGAAAUAUUAUAGGACAUGACUGGUUUCAAGCAAAUCCCAUUGGCAUGGCAUCUUCCACCAGAUGGAGUUUAGUGUCUGCCACAGUGGCCAAUGGUCCAGCAGGUCUGGUAUGGGCCAGUCAACCAAAUGGAGAACUGUUUUGUUUCACCCUGGAUUCCCGUCAGUUUAGCUGUGUGAGCGUUCCUAUGGGCUGUUUGUUCACAUGCCUGAGUACCACCACUGAUGCAGUGUGGGGUUUGACUGCAGGGGGAACAGUGUACAUACGGUCUGGAAUAGGACCACACUGUCCACAGGGGGCUAGUUGGGUCCAGCUAGACCUUGACCAGCUAGGUGAUUCCAAACUAGUUAGUGUGUCGUGUGGCACAGAAAAUGUGUGGGCAGUGGACGAUAAGGGCGCUGUAUUCUUAAGGAUCGGGACAAAAGCACCAUCGUCUCAUUAUCUCAACCCAGCUUGGGUCCAAGUUGAUGGGCUAGCAACUGCUGGUGCCAUAUUUACCCAAGUGGCAACAGGACCAGAAGACUGGAUGGUAUGGGCCAUUGAUAAUAAGAAGUGUGUAUAUGUAAGGGCUGCUGUAACAUAUGAAAUGCCCAUUGGUACUCACUGGAUCCCAGUGGCAGGUAAGCUGUGUAAAAUAUCUUGACUGUGACAUGAAAGGGGGUAACAC